GAUAAUAGCAUUUAGAAUAAGUACUUGAUAUUGUAAUUACUAUUUGUUUGUAUGUACACUAAUUAAUUAACUAUCUUUAUUCUUAAAUGAUUUGUUUACCAUUCUCAUAAUUUAAUUGUAUCAUUACUUAAUGAUUGUUUAUUAUUCUUAAUGAUUGUUUACUAUUCUCACGAUAACGACUUUACUCAUAAGUGUAUCCCCACCAUUCCCGAAUCUUUAAAUACCCAAAACUCCUUAGUUCUAGCUCAGUUGUAUCAGUCGUAUCCCAAAUCUCAUUGUAACCAGUUGUACUAUUAAAGUUAGUUUUUAAAAAGCCUAGUUUCGCUUCCACUACGUAACAAUUUGGCGCAGUCGGUAGGAUCUCGCGUGAUCAGUGCGUAAUAAGUCGAAGUAAACGUCGUACGUCGAAACCUCAUCAUCAACGAGACAACAUCGCUCAACGAAGAAGAAACAUCGACGUGACGGUAGCUGCAAGCUUUCGAGAACUUCGCCGAACCAUGCAGCAGAUCCAUUUAAUACUGUUACUGUGGUACUCCACAACAUAUGUUGAUGGUAAUACCGAAAUCUCACCAAUCCCUUCCAAUUCCGGGCUUUACUUCCAAAACGACGGAGAUGUACUAAUCACAGAUGAUUCAUGGAAACUUGUUAUCUAUCGUAAUCUAGAACCUUUAUUCCUAAGCCGAGACUCUCUUAAAAGACUUGCCUAUAAUUAUCAAACCUUAAUAUCAAGGUAUCCUAACCUACCUAGUACAAUUACCACUAGUUCUUAUAUUAAAUUAAACUUAGACAAAAUCGAUACUAGACUCGAUGAACUUAGCCUUUAUACUAAUAAUAAAAGAACCAAACGUGAGCUAUUAGACGGACUUAGUUCAUUACUAAAAUGGCUUAUUGGUACACCUGAUGCCAAGGAUGCUAAACAUUAUGAUGAAUGCAUUCAACUCUUAGAAAAACAGCAGAUCACAACCAAUGAAAUCCUCAAUCAACAGUUACAAAUAAUUUCAUCUACUAUUACCAAUUUCAAUGAAACCAUUUUAAAGAUAUCCUACGAUGAACAUCUAAUCAACGAAAAUCUAGCAAAAAUCAAUUCAUAUUUUAAUUCAACUAACAAAAUACUAUUUAAUCUAACUAUCUCAGAAGAAAUGUCAACGGUAGCUAUCCAAAUUCUCGAAGCAGUUACAUCCUUAGAAAAAGAUAUAGACGACAUAAUAAGUAGUAUACUAUUUAUUAAAUCUGGCGCAAUACAUCCUUCGAUCAUAUCAACCAAUCGUUUAUACAAAGAGCUAUUGUCAACUGGUUCAUUCCGAUCUAACAGAAACUUAGUAGCCUCCGUCACUCUCAGCAAUAUUCACCAAAUCUUAGAGUCGGCUUCUAUCAGCUCAUAUAUUUAUAUGAACAAAUUAGUAUAUGUUCUAAAAUUUCCCUUAGUCAUAAAUGAUAAAUUUACCUUAUAUCACCUAUAUUCCAUCCCUAUAUCCCAUCCUGAUUCAUCCUUAUAUUCUACUAUCCUUCCCGAGCGAACUUACAUUGCCACUAGUACUACAAGGCAACAGUACGCAAUCACAAACUCACUAGCUGAUUGCAAGACCUUUACAUCGAACACGAAAGUCUGCAAAUUCAUCGUUUACAACGUCAACGCAAGACCGACCUGCGAAAUGUCGAUCCUGAGCUCCACUUCAAGAAAUGUUCCUGACAUCUGCGAAGUCGCAACUUUCUCAGCGUACAUCAACACUUUCCAAGAAAUAAAGUCGAAUAAGUGGAUCUUCAUCCUACAGCAUAAAACUCCAUAUGCAUUGGAAUGCGGCGACAAAACCACCCAUAGUGAAAUAUCCGGGACAGGCAUCAUUUCACUAGAAGAGAAUUGUAAAAUGUAUACAGCAUUAACGACAAUCUCAGCUGAAAACGGGAAGACCUACAACACCAGCCAUCCUAUCAUAACUGUGGAUUUAGAAACCAUUUGUAUUCCAGAAUACUCCAAACAAGAACCAUCACUGGAGUUAAUACCCAUAAAAAUUAACAACAUUCCACUAGACUCACUGAAACAUUAAAAGAAGAAAUUAAGAUACAGACGAAACACAUAAAUCAAAAGGAAAACUUCAUAGAAAAACAUUCGUCAAAAUUUUCCUAUAUCAGUUUUAUAAUGGGAUUUUUACUACUAAUAUUCACAUGUUUUAAAUGCUGCAAGAUCAACAUAUUCAAGAUGUUCCGCACAAACUCUACACGUCAUCGUAGCGGGUGUAUACAAAUUUUUAAUAACUGUUUCGACAGAUCUCAACGACGACAGCAUGUACAAAUACCCAUGGCUUCACUUCAUCAUACAACAACUUCUAUAUCUGAAGACGAAGACGAAUCGCCCACUGCAACGCCCAAUCCUCAAACCUUGGGCAAAACAGCCCAAUCUUUGUUCUAAGGGGGGAGGUGUUAGAUAAUAGCAUUUAGAAUAAGUACUUGAUAUUGUAAUUACUAUUUGUUUGUAUGUACACUAAUUAAUUAACUAUCUUUAUUCUUAAAUGAUUUGUUUGCCAUUCCCAUAAUUUAAUUGUAUCAUUACCUAAUGAUUGUUUAUUAUUCUUAAUGAUUGUUUACUAUUCUCACGAUAACGACUUUACUCAUAAGUGUAUCCCCACCAUUCCCGAAUCCUUAAAUACCCAAAACUCCUUAGUUCUAGUUCAGUUGUAUCAGUCGUAUCCCAAAUCUCAUUGUAACCAGUUGUACUAUUAAAGUUAGUUUUUAAAAA